AUGGGCCCAAAGCAGUCUACUCCUCCAGAUAAUCUGGAGCAAGAGAACUCAAGCGACUUUCAGAUCGAAAGAGGUCGGUUGAACUUGAGAGCUUUGAUCUCAUCUGGGAAUGAGUCCAACUGGGCUUGGACGAGGAGGGCCUUCUCCGCGUUCAGAGCAGAGAUCCGCAAGCACAAACUCCCUGAGCGCGAGAGGAAGAACUCGAGUGUGAGCGCAGGAAAUCUGCGCGAGCAGCGAUGUAACCGAGUGCGGGGACACACCUCCUGGUCUAGAUCUCCCACAGUCUUCAACAAUGAUGAGCUGAUCAGGAUUGUGAUAGUUGGGAAGACUGGAGCUGGGAAGAGCGCCACAGGAAACACCAUUCUGGGACAAAAGUGUUUUAAAUCUGAGUUCUCCCUCAUAUCUUUGACUACAGUCUGUGAAAAGGCUUUUAGUGAGGUAGAUGGACAAAAGGUUGCUGUUAUCGACACUCCAGGCCUGUUUGACACCAACAACACUGAAGAGAAAACAGUUAAAGAUAUUUCCCAGUGCAUUGCUUUUGCUUCUCCUGGACCUCAUAUCUUCUUGCUUGUCAUCAAAGCAAACAGAUACACAGAAGAAGAAAAGCAAACUGUACAGAUGAUUCAGGAAAUCUUUGGUGAGAAAGCCUACAAAUACAGCAUGGUUCUCUUUACCCAUGGUGACCAGCUCAAAGGGAAACCUAUCGAGGAGUUAUUGAAGGACAGUGAAGAUCUGAAGGAACUUGUGGACAAAUGUAAACGCCAGUAUCAUGUAUUCAAUAAUGAGGUGAAGGAUCGUUCUCAGGUCAGGAAGCUGCUCGAGAAGAUAAAAGAAAUAAAUGUGCUGAAUGGAGGAGGCUAUUACACCACUGAAAUGCUCCAAAAGGCAGAGAAAGUGAUUGAAGAGGAGAAACAACGACUCCUGAAAGAGAAAGAAGAGGAACACUGCAAAGAGCGGGAGGAACUGAGGAAGAAAAUAGAGGAAAAGUAUGAGCGACAGAUGAGGGAUGAAAGGGCGAAUGAGUUGAGGGAGGCUCGUGUAAGAGAAAUGAGGGAGGAAGAAGAAAAUCUGAAAAAAGAAAAAGAAGAACAGGCCAGACAAGAAGCUGAGAAAAGCAAAUCAGUAAUUCAGUGGAUAGGUGCAGAAGCUGUGAAUGUACCAGCCUUCUGUCCCUUACCUCGAGUAUCGCCUGUGGCUGUGUGGUGUCCUCUGGCUUUGAUCCCGUCAGGAGAGCCCAGAGACUUCUGCCUGGUCAAACACCACAUUUCUACCACUCGAUCGAUCACAGAUUUACUGAUGCAGACAUGGAAAAAACGCAUGCUGCACACAUCUUACCAAGUGAGCAACAGCGUCUAA